CUUUACAGAGGACUGCUGCUCCAUAAUCACGCGGCACAUGGCGCAGGCUGAGCGACUGGCCCGCAGGCCGUGCACUUCACUCGUCGGCCAGGACCAUAAUCAAGGGCCCUGAUGUGCAAUCCUGCAUGAAGUUCUGUGUCGUGGGCAGCGAUACAGUUCACAACGAGGAUUAUGAUGGACCCGUGUUCACCACCCCUGGAACGGAGGUCUUCAUGUGUGUAGUAGCUCAAUCGAGGGAAGAAUUCAUCUACCAAUUGAAGAAGAUCUCGCAUGUUCUGGGAUCCCUACCUAAGCUCCAGGGGGUUUUCGUUGCCCUCGUCGCUCGCGUCGGGCGCGAUAUAGCCAUGGAUAUUGCCUUCCACACUUCCAAUAGGCCGAAUGGCGGCCAUGUUGCCCCUGUGGAGCUUGCUGUCCUUGCAUACCAUCGUGACGAAUUCAACACCUUCAAGGAAACUGCGACCACAUGCAAGAGCAUGGAGGACUGGGAGCGGCAGAAGAACUUCAUGAGGUUCCAACGCUUCUCCGGCCGGGACGAGAUGGACACAACUCCUGUCGAGGGCUGGUCUCACUUCCAGAACUUCAUCAAAGCUGUCGUCGAGUCCUACUCCGACACGACCCCGCGACCCUUCUUUUCCACGGCCAAGGCACAGGAUUGCGCUCGCCACUCUAUCUACCAAUGGCUCCCUUCCGACAUCGUACUGCGGCUCAACCAGGCAGUCGAACAGACCAUGGAGGAUUACACGGAGGGCUAUCCAAGGGGACUCGGUAAGACGCAUUUGCUGUUUUCCCAGCCCCCGUACUACGAUGAUGGUCUGUUUCGUUACGAAUUCUAUGCACCCUUGUGAUUGAAUGGGAUGUGAAUCUAUAUAUGCAUACGAUCACGAGAGGAAUUUCGAUGGAUGGACGACUCUAGUGGUACGCGUGGCACGGACUCCAUCGCAUCCGCCCC